UUGACAAUGAAAUGAACAGCCAAUUAGAAUGAAGGCAGAAUGACGCGGCGCAAGUUUAUUGGACAGGUCUGACCGAUUGGCACUAAAAACCUGAGAAAAAUGGAGUGAAAGUUAAAUAAAAUAGAGUAAGAGGAAUAAAAGAAAGAAGCCAUAGAAUUAGAGGGGAGGUCUGUUCGGCGCGAGUGGCCAGUGACACUUGAAAGCGCAGGCUCUCUUCCGUUGAGUUGAGUUGAGUUGAGUUGUUCAAUAUCUUGUCCUGUUAAUAAAACCGACGAUUUUAGUAUUAAUAAUUAUUACUGCUCGUGCUUAGUUAGUAAUACAGUGAUUAGACACAAAGACGAAGAAGGGAAAAAGAAAAGAGAAAUAAAGGAGAGGUUCCUUCCUGUUUUGCUGUGAACUGGAAGGAAGGAAGCUGAAGGUCAAUUGGGAUUCACCACUCUUGACACCCUGAAGCGAACAAGGGAGGAAUCCAAGAAGCAAGUGCAUUGCAUUGCAUGCUGAGUGAGAGUUUGUGGCGAGUGAGUGUGGGAUUAAAAAAGGGAAUUCAAAAUUCAGCGACUGGGGUCAGGGGGUGACUUGCCCCAAUCUGGUGGUGAGUACAACCCUUAUCCUGUGGCGCGCAGGGUCAAUUCCAGCCACGGCAUGAUGAUUGAUGACGACAUGGAGGCUGGUUCUUUGGGGCCUUACCACGACAGGCCAAGAACUUUCCCCAACAUGCGCACUAAACCUUACACCCCACUGAUAUUUCGUAUUCUCCUGGGAAUAAAUGUCCGUGUUCUAUUCAUUCUUUUGCUCCUCGGAUUUGGGGCUAUCUUUUACAUGGGAGCCAGUACAUCUCCCAUCAUUGUGUUUGUCAUCUCUAUUUGUAUUCUCAGCUUCCUUGUGUCUAUAUAUCUUACAAAGUGGGUGCUUGCAAAGGAUGAGGGACCCCCUGAAAUGGUUCAGGUAACUCUAUUUCCUAUGCUUAACUUUUUAUGUCCUGCUCCCACAAACACUCUAGAUUUAUAUUCCCUUUUAUUGAAUUCUGGUCUUCAUUUCGGUUACUGGGUUUUAUUUGUGAUGUCUUUGACAUCAUACCUAGGCUAUGGAUCUUUUCUUCCACCUUUUACAUGUUCUUACAUGUCAUGUAUGUUCUGUUUCAGGUCAACUUCUGCUUACAUCACUGUAGCUGCAUUCCUUUUAGGUGCCCUUUGUUCAGGGAUUGCUGGAUAUGUUGGGAUGUGGGUGUCUGUUCGUGCCAAUGUCAGAGUCUCUAGUGCUGCAAGACGGUCCGCAAGAGAGGCAUUGCAGGUAGCUACUCGUGCUGGCGGUUUAUCUGCUAUAAUCGUCGUUGGUAUGGCUGUAAUUGGGAUAGCAGUUCUUUAUGCCACAUUUUAUGUUUGGCUUGGCGUGGACUCACCAGGGUCGAUGAAAGUUACUGAUUUGCCGCUUCUUCUGGUUGGAUAUGGAUUUGGUGCUUCCUUCGUUGCACUGUUUGCUCAGUUGGGUGGUGGAAUAUAUACAAAAGCAGCUGAUGUUGGAGCAGACCUUGUUGGAAAAGUAGAACAGGGAAUACCUGAAGAUGACCCUAGGAAUCCUGCUGUUAUUGCUGAUCUGGUUGGAGAUAAUGUAGGAGACUGUGCUGCUAGGGGUGCUGAUCUUUUUGAAAGUAUUGCAGCUGAAAUAAUCAGUGCUAUGAUACUUGGAGGAACAAUGGCUCAACGUUGUAAAAUUGAAGAUCCAUCUGGCUUCAUCUUGUUUCCUCUUGUUGUUCACUCAUUUGAUCUGGUAGUUUCGUCGGUUGGAAUAUUUUCAAUUAGGGGUACACGUGAAUCUGGAGUAAUGGCUCCAAUUGAGGAUCCAAUGACAAUUCUUCAGAAAGGAUAUUCUGUUACAAUAGUUUUAGCUGUUGUGGCGUUUGCUCUGUCUACACGGUGGUUACUUUAUACUGAGCAAGCACCUUCAGCAUGGUUCAAUUUUGCUUUGUGUGGGCUCGUUGGUAUUAUUACUGCUUAUGUUUUUGUCUGGAUCACUAAGUAUUAUACUGACUACAAGCAUGAACCUGUGCGCACAUUAGCCCUUUCUAGCUCCACUGGUCAUGGGACUAAUAUAAUUGCUGGAGUCAGUUUGGGUCUUGAGUCAACUGCUCUUCCUGUCCUUGUCAUCAGUGUAGCAAUUAUUUCAGCUUACUGGCUGGGCCAAACCUGUGGACUAGUAGACGAGACAGGAAACCCAAUUGGUGGGCUGUUUGGCACAGCUGUAGCAACUAUGGGAAUGCUUAGCACUGCAGCUUAUAUUCUGACGAUGGAUAUGUUUGGCCCAAUAGCGGAUAACGCUGGAGGCAUUGUAGAGAUGAGUCAGCAGCCUGAAAGUGUCCGAGAGAUCACCGAUGUCCUCGACGCUGUAGGAAACACAACAAAAGCCACCACCAAAGGAUUUGCCAUUGGUUCUGCUGCUCUUGCAUCGUUCCUUUUGUUUAGUGCUUAUAUGGAUGAGGUUGCCGCAUUUGCUCAUCAACCUUUUAAACAGGUCGAUAUUGCAGUUCCAGAAGUUUUUGUCGGUGGGUUGUUAGGUUCCAUGCUUAUAUUUGUCUUUAGUGCUUGGGCAUGUUCUGCUGUUGGCCGAACUGCGCAAGAGGUUGUUAAUGAAGUAAGAAGGCAGUUCAUUGAGAGGCCUGGUAUAAUGGACUACAAGGAGAAACCAGACUAUGGUCGCUGUGUUGCUAUUGUAGCUUCGGCAUCAUUAAGAGAGAUGAUAAAACCUGGUGCUUUGGCAAUCAUUUCACCUAUUGUAGUUGGUUUCCUGUUUCGAAUUUUGGGUUACUACACAGGGCAUCCCUUACUUGGGGCUAAAGUUGUGGCAUCUUUGCUGAUGUUUGCAACUGUAGCUGGCAUUCUUAUGGCACUUUUCCUGAACACAGCCGGUGGUGCCUGGGAUAAUGCAAAGAAGUAUAUAGAGACUGGCGCUCUUGGAGGCAAGGGAAGUGAUGCUCACAAAGCAGCUGUAACAGGAGACACAGUUGGAGACCCUUUCAAGGACACAGCUGGUCCCUCGCUUCAUGUUCUCAUAAAGAUGCUGGCAACGAUUACGCUUGUAAUGGCUCCAGUGUUCCUGUGAUGUGAGAGUUGAUAUCUCUGCUGCGGCCAAUUGAUUUUGAUAAUUUUGGAAGCAUAGGGAAGGGAUGGGAUAGGUUAUAUGCUUAUAUCUAUCAAUAUAUGAUGUGCAUCGAAUCGAAGAGCCUGCCUGAUUUUACAUCGUCAUGUAUACGGAAUUGUCCUGUCCUUCAUCACUUGUGGGAAUAAAUAUGUUAAUUGACUGAACGUGUAGUGAAGUAGACAAAUAGUAAUGAGAAAUGAGGACCAUAAUUUUGGGUUUUGAUUGAAUGAUGGAAUUAUGUAUGUUGACUUGUUAAUGACAUUUUUUUUAAAAUAUUAUAUAUGUCUUUAUUUUUUA